GCUCGGCUCCUGCGGCUGCCCGCCUGCUCGCGAGUUGCUGGGCGAGUCCGAAAAGUCCCGGGCGCGGCGCUGUCUUUCCCGGGGCGGGGAGAGUGGGGAGGCGGUCCCUCUCGGGAACGUACGCCCGCUGGCCGCGAAUAUCGUAGCGGAGCCGGCUGUGCCCGUGAUGGCCACGACCUGGAGGCCGCUGCAGUUGCGAUUUGCCACUGGUCUGUACGCGUCGGGGGAAGGCCCGAGAUCCGGGGUGCGUUUCCCGUCGCGCAGCCCGUGCAAGGAAGGCGGAGGCCUGUGCACAGCGGGGCUGAACCUCGGGCGGAGGGCGCAUUAACACUUGCUCGCCAGGUUGGUGGAGGCGGGGCGGGUUCUGCUGGCAGACUCUGGGCGGUGAGAGUGACGGCCCUUUAAGCGCCCACCAACGUGGGGGCCGGAGGGGGGCAGGGUGGGGAGGAAACUCCUGGAGGGUCUAACACCGGCCGGAGAGACGCCGCGGGGAGAAGGUGCAGUGAGAGCAGCCUCCGCUGGAGUAGUGAAGCCGAGCGCUGCGGGUGGCGGGGACCAAGCGCUGCUCCCUGCGGGAGCGCACCGCUGCAGGCCCCAGAGUGGGUGCCUCCCCCUAAAAAACGGUGGGGGGGCUGUCUCGUGGCCUCCGCCCUUUGCUGCCAAGAGGCUGCCCUCGGCCUCCGCUCUGUUCCUUCCCUUGUGGGAGGGCGAGAGGGAAAGAGGGAGGAGAUAGAGGUGGGGGAGGAGGGAGCUGGAGAAAGAGGGGGGCUCCGCGCCAACCGCUGGCCGCUCCAGCAGCUCCUCCGGGAGGACGGACGGGAGGGCGGGGGAGGGCGCGCCAAGGCUCGCUCCGGAGAAGUGGCCGCCGAUGACGGCAGAGCCGCAGCCAGCCCCGCGCGCGCAGCCCCCUCCCCCUCGCCCUCCUCCCCCUCCUCCUCCUCUUCCUCCUCCUCCUCCUCCUCCCGGCUCGCUGGCCUCGCAGAGCAGCGGCAGCAGCAGCGGCGGCAGCAGCCACCCGAUGUCUUCGGCGCCCGAGAAGCAACAGCCACCGCACGGCGGCGGCGUUGGCGGCGGCGGGGGAGGCGGCGCGGCCAUGGACCCCGCGUCGUCCGGCCCGUCCAAGGCCAAGAAGACGAACGCCGGCAUCCGGCGCCCGGAGAAGCCGCCUUACUCGUACAUCGCGCUCAUCGUCAUGGCCAUCCAGAGCUCGCCCACCAAGCGCCUGACGCUCAGCGAGAUCUACCAGUUCCUGCAGAGCCGCUUCCCUUUCUUCCGCGGCUCCUACCAGGGCUGGAAGAACUCGGUGCGCCACAACCUCUCGCUCAACGAGUGCUUCAUCAAACUGCCCAAGGGCCUCGGGCGGCCGGGCAAGGGCCACUACUGGACCAUCGACCCGGCCAGCGAGUUCAUGUUCGAGGAGGGUUCGUUCCGCCGCCGACCCCGCGGCUUCCGAAGGAAAUGCCAAGCACUCAAGCCCAUGUACAGCAUGAUGAACGGGCUGGGCUUCAACCACCUCCCGGACACCUACGGCUUCCAGAGCUCGGCCGGCGGCCUCUCGUGUCCGCCCAACAGCUUGGCGCUCGAGGGAGGCCUGGGCAUGAUGAACGGCCACUUGCCGGGAAACGUGGACGGCAUGGCUUUGCCCAGUCACUCGGUGCCCCACCUGCCCACCAAUGGCGGCCACUCGUACAUGGGCAGCUGCGGCGGCGCAGCGGCGGGCGAGUACCCUCACCACGACAGCUCGGUGCCCGCCUCCCCGCUGCUGCCUGCCGCCGGUGGGGUCAUGGAGCCUCACGCGGUCUACUCGGGCUCCGCCGCGGCUUGGCCGCCCUCGGCCUCCGCAGCCCUCAACAGCGGUGCCUCCUACAUCAAGCAGCAGCCCCUGUCCCCCUGCAACCCCGCGGCUAACCCCCUGUCCGGCAGUCUCUCCACGCACUCCCUGGACCAGCCCUAUCUGCACCAGAACAGCCACAACGCCCCAGCCGAGCUGCAAGGCAUUCCUCGGUAUCACUCCCAGUCGCCCAGCAUGUGUGACCGAAAGGAGUUUGUCUUCUCUUUCAACACCAUGGCGUCCUCCUCCAUGCACUCUGCUGGCGGCGGCUCCUACUACCACCAGCAGGUCACCUACCAAGACAUCAAGCCCUGUGUGAUGUGAGCCGAGCCGGAAGCCCUCGGGCCCCCUGGGCACGGCCGCCCGCUCGGGGGCCUGGGAACCCAUUGCAAGAAACUGCUUUAUUCUCGAGGUAUAACCAUCGGCAGAAGAACAGGGUUUGACCCCUCCCCAAUCGGAUUAUUUGAAAAGGAAUUCCCAGGGCAAAGACACAGGCGCAGUGGUCGGCACCUCGUCCCCUGUUCCCUCAAAAAUUUUUAAAAAUGGUGGCGGUAGGGCCUGAUCUGACUGCAGCUGUUGGUAAAUAAACAUCUAUUUUUGAUCCGAUUGAAACCGGCUGAGAAGGUGCUGUGUUGGGGGAAAACCCUCAACAUCUAAACAAAAAUUCUGCUGAGGUCUCUCCCCACCCUCCCCUCCAGUGGACAAGGUUGGGGGCAGAUAUUUUAGAAGAAAGGCAAACAUGUGAGACCAUCGUUAUCAAAUACUUUUAUUUUUUGGUUGAGUAUUUAUCUUUUUAUUUUUAACUUUUUUUUUGGAAAGAAUGUCUUGGAAUGCGCAAGUCUCUUUUUAGAGCCGUCUUUUGCAGGGAAGUGGGGGGCAAACAGUCGCGCUCUGCCUCCCCCCCUCUCCGAAGUCCUGCAGCAGCCACAGGUGGAUCUUUGUGCUGACGACUUGCAUCUCUGAAGCCACUGCUCGUCUUGAAAAAGAAACCAAUGGAGUCCAGAAGCGGGCGGCGCUCCGGGCCUCUGCCAUCCCCCUCCGCCUUCCUCUUCUUCCUUCUCUGCAGUCUUUUUGGUUUUGUUUUGAACUGUACUUGGACUUUUUUGGUGGGUGUUCUUCUCACGAGACCCGGCUGUCUCCCGACCUCUACUGUAAACUUUCUGGUGCGACAGCAAGGCGAACACAGCGCGGCGCGCACGGGGGUGGCCCGGCCAGCGCGCGAAUCCAGGAUUGCGGCGGCGGAAAGGUUAAGGCACUUUUUAAAACUAUAGCAAGGCUCAUCCUGUUAUUUAUUCUUUCUUUCCCUAGUAAUCGACACACCGCAUAGGCUCCUCCGUUUAUCAGUAUUAAUGGUGUAACUUUGUUGGCAAUAUUUGCCGCGUAGAGUUUUUUUAGAUGUCCAUUGUAAAUUUGAAAUAAAGCC